AUGCCGCCGCCGCCGCCGCCCGAGCUCUCGGACGACCUCCUCGGCGAGGCAUUCCUCCGCCUCCCGCCGGACGACCCCGCGUGCCUCCUCCGCGCCUCCCUCGCCUGCAAGCGCUGGCGCCGCAUCCUCGCCGACCCCGCCUUCCGCCGCCGCCACCGGGAGCUCCACCGGACGCCAUCAGUCGUGGGGUUCCUCGGCUUCUCCGGGGACUACGCGUCCCGCUUCGUCCCCAACAACCCCGCCUCCGGGCGCCCCGCCUCCCGUGACCUCCCGGGGCGUUUCGUUCUCGAUUGCCGCCACGGCCGCGUCCUCCUCGGCGCGCCGAGCCCACUCCUCGGCUCCAAACUAAACUAUGACCUCAUCGUCUGGGACCCGUUGACGAACGAGCAGCGCUGCCUGCCCCCGGCUCUCGCCCCCACUCACGGACAUAUCCGGCGGCUACUUCAACGCCGCGGUGCUCUGCUCCGCCGCUGUGGAAGGCUGCGACCACAGCAUAUGCCACGGUGGCCCCUUCCGCGUGGCCUUCGUCGGGAUUCACGGCGUACAUUUGUAUGCUCGUGUGUACUCCUCGGAGACGGACAAUUGGAGUGA